ACCUAGUCAGCUGGUGAGCUGGGGAAGGGGAAAGGAGAUACCUAGUCAACAGGUGAGCUGGGGAAGGGGAAAGGGGAUACCUAGUCAACAGGUGAGCUGGGGAAGGGGAAAGGAGAUACCUAGUCAGCAGGUGAGCUGGGGAAGGAGAAAGGAGAUACCUAGUCAACAGGUGAGCUGGGGAAGGAGAAAGGAGAUACCUAGUCAACAGGUGAGCUGGGGAAGGAGAAAGGAGAUACCUAGUCAGCAGGUGAGCUGGGGAAGGGGAAAGGGGAUACCUAGUCAGCUGCUCGUUGCUCGUCAUUUCACUGAGUCUACUUUGAACCUCUAGAGAAGGGAAAACAUGUUUUUUUUAGGAAGUUGAACGUGCUCUUUAUGACAAUGUUACAAUUAGGUGACAUAAAUAGUUUUUUUAAACCAAAUUACCCAAAAGCACUAUUGAUGGAAUGACCCUCUUAUCAACCAAUUGACUUAAUAAUAAUAAUAUUGAAUAAUUUCACAGGUCAUUUUACAGAUCCAAUGGCAGCCAUGGUGAAGUCUGAGCCGCUUGAGAGCGAUAUUUAUCCAGAAACGAAACACUGUCACUCAUUCUCCUUCAGUUUCCCAACUCAUAAAAUAACCAAAGAGGAAAUCACCUGCACCAAACCUGGAACAAUAUUGAGAGCACUUGAAACUAAUGACACAUUCAAGGGGUUAAACCAAAUGGACAAGAAGACACUGAAAGGGAAAGACAUUGUCAUCAAGAGUUGUAAGGGGUACAUAGUGAAGCACUUUCCAUGUUGGCUGAUCGAAGAGGAUGACCUUCUCACUAUUGAGAUGGUCACACAUGCCACAGAUGAAACUGCAGGGGUCACGGAUGAGGAAACAGACAAUUAUGUCACUUUCUCUGUUGAGACAAGAGCAGGGAAAAACAGCAAAACAAAACAAAUACUUAGAAACAUACAACUUCAGUCCUACGGACCUCUAUGUGUCUAUGCAAAACAGAAGCAGGAAGUGAAGCAGGCUCUACGAAAUGAUGGACGCUUCUCAAACAUUGUGUUUGAACAGAAAUGUCAGCUCUCUGAGCGAUCAACAGGAAGCAAGGUUUCAAUGGGGCAAAUAGCAAAAAAACUUAAUGGUCGAAACUUUGAAAUCUGUCUGACAAAACUUAAGGAAACGGCAACUAAGAUGGGAACAUCUGACUCCAUAAUAAAAACAAAAACCUUUGUAAACUCUGAAGGAGACACCGCACAAACAUCUCUGUUCGACCCAAGCCCUGACUCUGAAGGAGACGGCACACAGACGUCUCCAUCGACGCUAACAACUAAAACAUCAGAUGUAGGGGAGUCCUCUUCGAGAAGAAAGCAGAAACGGAAAUGCAAUCCCAUGCCAGAACAUGGUGAAAUAUUGAAGAUCCUUCGCAACCAGUUUGAUGAUCUGGUGAAGCAGAUAGAAAGUAGGAGGGAGGACAGACAAAAGAAGACAUUUCCUGAAGAGUUGGAUCUGAUGAAGCAGGAAUUCGGGAAAAUCAGACAGAAGUUCUCAGAGGUUCACAGAGUGAAGAAAUUGAUUGAACUUGGUGCCUCCGUUUGUCAGGUGAUUGUUGACGGUGUUCAGGGUGUUCAGGGAACAGGCUUUGUGCUGUUUGACAACUUCGUCCUAACAAAUGCACAUUUGUUUGGUGACAAUGUAAGAAGGAACAUGCAGCUGUUAGUCGAUGUAUCUGUGAAGUUCAACUAUGAAAAUCCAAAUGGAUCCGAUGUGAACGUAUUCAAAGCAAAAACCCUGCUGAUCGACUUUCAAUAUGAAGAUAAGGGAAAACAUUAUAUAGACUAUGCCAUACUGGAGAUGGAUCCUCAGAAUAAGAAGCAACAGAAGAAGGUUCCUCCUGGUCUCCUCCGUGAAUAUGGCCCAGUCCCAGCAUGCGGUGGGGCCUGCCUCAUUGGACACCCAGGUGGACUGGUGAAACAAAUGGAACCCACCUCCAUCAUUGGCAGUGAGAUAAGAGAGGAGGCUGCGAAUAAAUAUAAACGGGAAAAUGGACAUGCAAUCUUCACAAUAAAUGAGCGCUACGAGGAAGUGAUGCAGGAGAACAAGGACGACUUUGUGACCUAUAACACCUCCUUCUUCCAUGGAUCUUCUGGCUCUCCAGUCUUCGAUGACCUUGGUCGAGUGUUUGGCAUGCAUACUGGUGGCUUUGAAUAUGAGGAUAAGCGCACUCAGAGCAAACAGAGUGUGUUAGAGUACGCCCUCCCUCUGCUCACCACAUUACAGAACUUUGUCAUCCGUUUGAAGGAGGACAACAAGCAGGACGUUUUGACACGAGUUCAGGACGAGGCACAGAAAAACCUCUUCCUGUUUGAGGCUCUUUUCAAGACUGAUGAGCCUAUGGAUAUGUCGUAGGAGAUUUUUGCAAAUACAGCUAAUACAAUGCCACCCAGUGGUUGUCCUGGGAACAACACAGCAAUGCCACCCAGUGGUUGUCCUGGGAACAACACAACAAUGCCACCCAGUGGUUGUCCUGGGAACAACACAACAAUGCCACCCAGUGGUUGUCCUGGGAACAACACAACAAUGCCACCCAGUGGUUGUCCUGGGAACAACACAACAAUGCCACCCAGUGGUUGUCUUGGGAACAACACAACAAUGUCUAUUGAGAAUUCAGAGGGAGGCUGCAAAUACUGUAAUGUCAGUAUUCAUGUUCAACCAUUCCACUAGUGCCUUUCAGGGUAUUGAUAAUAUUACUUGUCCUAGGUCAAAGGUACAUGUUUUUUUAUUUUUUUUUAUAAUUUGUAUUGUUUUAUCUCAUGCACCUUUGUUUACUGUAAUUCUCAUCACUGGUUCCUUACGAUGUACUCUGCAUUUCUGUGAAGUAUGGUUUCCUUUGAAAAACAGACUUUGACCACAGUGGGCCUUCCCUGCAAAAAUAAACAUUUAAUAGAUUAAGACAUCUACCUAGAUCAGAUUGCAACUAUCUAAAUAUUGUUUUAUUGUGUUCUACAUUUUGAUUACUUGUCUUUUGCUUUAACUUGUCUCAAAAUAUCAUGUUGAAUAGAGUCAUGUUGAAUAGAAUCAUGUUGAAUAGAGUCGUGUUGAAUAGAGUCGUGUUGAAUAGAGUCGUGUUGAAUAGAGUCGUGUUGAAUAGAGUCGUGUUGAAUAGAGUCAUGUUGAAUAGUCGUGUUGAAUAGUCGUGUUGAAUAGAGUCGUGAUGAAUAGAAUCAUGUUGAAUAGAGUCAUGUGGAAUAGAGUCAUGGCCCUAGGACCAUGCCUCAGGACUACCUGGCAUGAUGACUCCUUGCUGUCCCCAGUCCACCUGGCCGUGCUGCUGCUCCAGUUUCAACUGUUCUGCCUGCGGCUAUGGAACCCUGACCUGUUCACCGGACGUGCUACCUGUCCCAGACCUGCUGUUUUCAACUCUCUAGAGACAGCAGGAGUGGUAGAGAUACUCUUAAUGACAAUGAAAAGCCAACUGACAUUUACUCCUGAGGUGCUGACUUGCUGCACCCUCGACAACUACUGUGAUUAUUAUUAUUUGACCCUGCUGGUCAUUUAUGAACAUUUGAACAUCUUGGCCAUGUUCUGUUAUAAUCUCCACCCGGCACAGCCAGAAGAGGACUGGCCACCCCUCAUAGCCUGGUUCCUCUCUAGGUUUCUUCCUAGGUUUUGGCCUUUCUAGGGAGUUUUUCCUAGACCCGUGCUUCUACAUCUGCAUUGCUUGCUGUUUGGGGUUUUAGGCUGGGUUUCUGUACAGCACUUUGUGACAUCAGCUGAUGUAAGAAGGGCUAUAUAAAUACAUUUGAUUUGAUUUUGAAUAGUCAUGUUGAAUAGAGUCAUGUUGAAUAGAGUCAUGGCUCACUACUUUUGUACUCUUCUGAGACGGUGACGUCCCAGUGACUUCAGGUCCUUUGUAGCUCAGUUGGUAGAGGAUGGUUAGAUUCCUGGGACCACCCAUACUUACAAAACAAUAUUUUAUGCAGCGUAACUGUAAGUCUCUUUGGAUAAAAGCUUCUGCUAAAUGGUAUAUUAUAUUACUUCAUCGGUCCAUAGUUUUGCUUUCUUGGUUUGACAUGUAAAGGUUAAUAAUGAGUACAAUGUGGUAACUGUGAUUACAUUGGAAUACUGUAUGUAUCAUUUAGACAUUGUUACAACUCAUGAAAUGAAAACGAUCAUGCAUAAAACUAGUGACAGACUAAUCAAUAAAUGUGUUGACAAUUACA